GGCUGCUUGUCGGCGGACGGCAGGGGGACCACUGCAUAUGGGGCAAGAAAGGAGCCUCGAAGGCGAUUAAAAGCUUCUCGUAGCAUGGCUUGGGAAAAGUUGUUCCUUAUCGGACCGAUGGAAGUGAAUGCCUGGACAGUUGGCUCCAAUGGCCCUACCGAGAUGUGCGGGGUGAUUCCCGAGAUUAACGAACUAGGCAAAAUGACAACGGAGGAGGAGACAGAUAACGAUAAGAAUGAAGGAGAACCAGGCUUAGAAGGCAGUGCCGCGCAAAGCGAAGGGGGGCAGAAGGACAGAGAAUCGAUAAAUCCGGAUGGUACCAAAGGGAAGCGGAAGGAAAUCUCCACAGGAGAAAGCUCGGGGAAAGUCGGGGGAAGCAGGCAAGGGACCCAGGGGACCAAGGAAGGCAGAAAUAAGGAUAGGACAAGCCCCCAAAACUCGGAAGGAGCCAUGCCUAAGAAAGUAAGGGUCRCGGAYACRAGGCGCAAACUAGCCGAGAUAGACAAGAGGACCGCGGAAUACAAGGCAAGAYUGAUUGAGGAAAUGAUGACUGGGAACGAAGAAGGUCCUCUGCAGGAGGAACCYYGGGACGAACGGAAAGCCAGCCAAGGUGGGACUGAACAAGGGGAUAAAGGUAGUGACCGUGGGGGAACGCCGAGCAAGAGAAGGAAAGAGAGAGAGAACUCUCCGGGGAUGGAAGCAGAAAAGGCUACGACUCCACCAGCCAUGGAUAGUAGGGCUAGCUGCCUGCCGAUCACCGCAGCAGUAGCGCGAGGAUGCGAAAGACUUUGGAGCCUUAGGGAAAGAGUGUUGGGAUGGUUUGACCCGGAAGGGACUAUGAGAACCAGGGAGGAACAGAAGGCCGACAAGGAGAAUCCGGAUAGCAGUGUGGCGGGCGAGGCCAGCAGCUCCAGGGGCGGCCUUAAGAAGAUAGUGUCGUCCCUCGCGCGAGCACUAAACAAAAAUCAAGGCUAUCUGGCAGAUGCCAAGAAAAAACUGACUUUCGAUGGAGCAAACAUCACGGAGUUCCUGAUCGACUACGAGAACCUAGCUGCGUUACUAAAGUGGACCGAGGAGGAAAAGAUGGACCACCUAGGACAGCAUGUGUCGUUAAGCCUAGGACGGGACAUAAUGGUAAUUGUAGCCUCAAGCCGGUCUUGGAAGGAGACCCGGGAUGUGAUAAUGAGGAAGUACCUGGCGGCGGAGAAAAUGGCAAUGGAGGCCGACCUAGCGGCAGUUCAGAGGAAGAACUUCGCAACGUACAACGAUUUUCUACGGAAAUUUACUCUAGUAGCACUAAGGAUCCCCGGGGUCACGAACCGGAUAAUGAGCAAAUAUUUCCUCAGGCAGUUCUCCGAGUUCGACAAAGACAAGAUCCUGUCAGCCUACCAACAGACGAGCAAGUUCGUAAACACGCGGGAUGUUGAUUUUAGCACGGUAAUAGAUCUGACUGAGAAAACGGUAGUAAUGGAGACGUUGGCCUUGCUCAAGGAAGGAGAGAUCAUAGAUCUGACCGAAGCCGAGCCGGUGGGCGAGAUCAUCUGGGAUCAACGCCAGGGGCGCGGGCCGCAGGUCAAUUUUAUUUUGGAAAAAGACAGACGUGAUAGGGUGAACGCGACUACUCGGCUAGGGACGACUGGGAGAAGGAUUAACCGCGACACCGUGAUAGAGGAGGUUGCUGGAAGUUCGGAACCCCAAGCAGAGCCUGAGGCCGAGGAACCGGAAAAGGUCUAUGGGAAACCUAGGGAAGAGGAGCCUGCCGACAAAGUUACCGCUAUCAAGAAGAAGUUUAGGUACCAAAUCCCGAUCUUAUCCUUGCUAGAAAUCGACGACACCAUUAGCAAGUUACUAGGAACCAUGGUGUCAGUGUCUUUUCAGACUAUGCUACAGGCUAACCCUAGGUUGCUCAAAGGGCUUAGACAACUGUUGACCCGGCGGCGAGUAGAAAUAGGCGACAACCCCGAAUUACCAGAAGGGGAGAGGGAGGACGAAGUUUCGCGAGAAGUGGCUAACCUGCAGAGAAGUCGAGGGGACUUGGAGGAUCUCGAAAAGGCCUUUGCAGACAUCCGUUUGAGCUUGCCCGACCGAGAGGGUGGCGAAGUCAUGAGAUCGCCACCCGGGACGAAGCUUAGCUUUCAUGCGCUACCCGUAGGGAAACUGAAAAUCCAGAUCGGGAGUCAUCACACCGACGCAUUAGUAGACGGGGGAGCAGAAAUCACUCUCAUAAGGAGAGAUUUCGCAACGAUCACGGGAUGUACGGUAAACAAGGAAGUAACAGGGAGCAUCCGGGGAGCUGGCGGGGAAAUCCCGUUCGUUGGGUACGUCACAAAGUGUGCUGUAAAGGCAGGGGUCAGGGAAUCGAUCUGGUCGUUUCAGCGAAUGACCGUAAUGGAGGAAAUGGACCACGACAUAAUCCUCGGGAGACCAUGGUUCGCGAACAUAGAGAUGAUAGGCAUGCACUUGCACGAUGGCUCGUACAUGGUAGACAUAGAGGACCAUGUGACCGGCCGGGGAGAGCUCCUUCGACUCCUUGGAAUGGGAGGAGACCCCCCGAAGGGAAAACUGGCAACAUGGUCGAUGUCGUUCGAGGAUAGCACGCGGAAAGGGGCUUUCGCACGGAUGGAGGGUAUGAGAGAAAGGGCAGAAAUCAUGAUUGAGGAAACAUUCAACAAAAAGGAGUGGAUCAAGAUUAGCCUGCCCCAGAAGAAGAGGACGCAGAAGGACGAAGUCCUAGGUGUUAUGGUAGCGGAAAAGGAGUGAGAGGUCGAACUUGGUGCUAGCCUACCCAAACGGAAAGAAGUACGCAUAGACGUGCCGAAAAUCGCACUC